AUGAUCAAAUUAUGGAAGAAAACGAUUAUUAUUAUUAUUCUAAUCUAUUUUGAAACUGACAUAUUUUUGAAAGCAUCAUUAUUGGGGUUGUGUUUAUUGUUUUACUAAUUUAUUGCUUAGAAUUAUAAGCCCUUUAUUCUUUAGAAGUUUUAUUUAUUGGAUAUUCAGAGCGGUCAAUAUUGUUCCUUUGCCUUAAUUUUUGCAGUGGUUAAAUACAUAUGUGAAUAAUCAGAAUAAUAUAAUUUUUCAACACUGAUUCAAAGCUUUAUAUUUAUUAUCAGCAUUUUAUUGAGUUACCCAUUUAUUAUUAAUAUACUAAAAGUCUAUUAUAAUAAAUAUAAGUUUCUAAUUUUAGGUUCAUUAUUUUAAGGUUUUAAAUCUUUAAAUCCUAAUUUUAAAUUCACUAAGCUUUUGGGGGAAAAAAUUUCAAAAUUGAGAUAGAAGGAAGGAAGGACGCAAAGGAAUAUCUAAAAAUUGAAGUCUUUACUUUUAAAGAAAAAAUAGGAUGGCCAAUUGUAAUAAAUUUAAUUUUAUCUUAGGGGGAUUGUCAAUUUUGCGAAAAAUAAUAUGCAAAAAAAGAAAUAAAUAUCAUUAAUCCUAAAUUGCAGUUUCGGAAAUAAAAUUUGA